AUGGAAAAUGAGACGCGAAGUGACUCCCAGACACCACACAGCAAGCAUGACAACCUGCUGGCCAAGAGUGAUGGACCCACCAGCAACUCACCCAAGCAAGGGAGUGAGGAGGAGGAGGAGGAGACUGCUCAGAACAGUCAGCCAAACGACAUCGCCUCGGUAAAUCCUGGAGAAAGUGAGACAGACUCGGGUAGUGCGUGGAAUAGCAAACAAGGUGUGGAAGAACACCUCAGAACUGAGAAACUUACCAGCAAGGUGACACACGACACCUUCACCGAGUCGUACGACACCCACACACCUGAACUGGACCCAGACUCUCCAGAGGCAGUCAAGAAACGGGAAAAGAUUAAGAAGAUUCGGGAAGUGUUGUCAUCUGAACCACUGGAUUUAAAGACACUGAAGGAGUUAGCCAUAAGUUCUGGAGGACUUCUGGAUGAUGGCCUUCGAAAGGAGGCAUGGCCACUCCUGAUGGGAAUGGGCCUUGAGGACCCAGAGAAAAAGCCAACACUGGAGUUGGUGCAGGGCCACCGUGACUACCAGCAGGUGGUGCUGGACGUGAAGCGAACCCUCAAGCGCUUCCCACCAGGCAUAGAAGACUCACGCCGCCUUGUGCUGAUGGACCAACUGACGGUGCUCAUCAUUAGGGUGCUGAUGAGGCACCCAGACCUUUACUACUACCAGGGUUAUCACGACGUUGCCAUCACCUUCCUGCUGGUGACGGGGGAGGACAUGGGCUUCCGGCUGGUGGAGAAACUGUCUGUGACCCACCUGAGGGAUUUUAUGCGUCCCACCAUGGAGAAGACCAACUACUACCUCACCUACCUCUACCCCAUCCUUGAAAAUGCUAACCAGCCACUCUAUGAGUGCCUUGAAAAGUCUGGGGUGGGGACUGUGUUCUGCCUGCCGUGGCUCAUCACUUGGUUCGCCCACACGCUGUCUGAUUACCGGCAUGUUGUGAGGCUGUAUGACUUUUUCCUGGCCUCACCUGACCUCAUGCCAAUGUACAUAGCCACUGCCAUUGUCCUGCAGAAAGAGAAAGAGCUUAUGGCUGAUAAUGAAGGGGAGGUCUCCUCAGUAUUUGCCAUCCUGUCAAAGGACCCAGACAACCUGCCCUUUGAGGACAUCCUGGUGAAGGCAAGGGAGCUCUAUGAGAAGUACCCGCCAGAUCCCCUCACUGAGCGUGUGGAGAAAAUCUUAGCCAGAAGGGAGGAGGAAGAAAAGAAAGAAAGACAACGCAUAGAUGAGAUGCGUAAGAAGGGUGACCUGUACAGGAAGAAGAAGAAUAGAGGGGUAAUGGACAAGAUCUUCACUUACUUCCCUAUCCCCAUGAUAGUUCCUGCUCGGUCAGGGAAGCUCAUCAAGUUUGCUCUCUUCACAUUCUCCAUCAUCCUCGCCCGUAGCCUCUACAAGCAGUACUACACCUCUGCCAUCGAGUACCCCUCCGUCCCAGAAUGAUAACGUCUGGCAGGCUUGGUUGGUGCACCAGUCAUGUAUCACUCAAGGCUCUUUUUUCUUAAUUAAUGGCCAGGAUUGCCUUUAUUUCUUGCAUUUAUGUUCCUGCUCUUCUUUGCUGUCUUUCUGUGAUGAUCCUGUGCCCAUGACCACCAUUGUAGUUGUUUUCAAGUCUUAGAGGUCCCGUUUCUUCCCAUCUGCUUGUAAACUCUGUGACUGAAAUGAAAAAUGCUUAGUGAUAUUCUUCAUGUCAUACAUUUGAUAAUGAAGGGAACAAAACAGUUUUAAUUCAGACAGUGAGGUACUAAGUCCAUGGGAUCAUAGGGGACCUCAGAAAGCUUGGAAAAGUGAACCCAAGUACAGUGAUGAGUGGUGUGCAGGUGAAGGACAGAAGGUUGCAGUGUGAGGCUGUGUGCACCAGUACAGAGUAAAGGUUGCUGCUAGAUUUCAUAUUUAUCUGGUCUUUUCAAUGCUGAAGGAAAAGACAUGUGAUAAUUUGUGUGUCUGAGACCAAACCAUUAUUUAGAUAGAUGAUUUUUGAGAUUCUUUAGUGUAUGAAGUGUAAAUAUUAAUCUAUGGAAGGCAAAUUAUUUUCUCUCUUUACAAAAGACAUCAAAUGAUAGCAAAGGCACACUCUAACUAUGGCUGUGUGUCUUACAGUCAGCUUGAACUGCAACUAUUUACAGUUUUUAAACUAGUGACUUUUCCUUUUCUAUUGUGGGGAGGGAAUGGAGCAACUUAAGAGAUAAUGUCAUGGGAACCAAAGUCAUACAUGAACACAUAUCCAUCCACCCUUUGUAAGGGAUGCCACUGAGACCACAGCACCACCAUUGCUGAUGGCAUUGAUCAAAAGAACAACAUUUUGUAACAUUUUAAGAAAUGUUUAGUUUCAUGAUAUUUACCAAGAAUCUUGAUUGACUUUAGUUGAUACACAGUAAAGAUUGUGUCCUUCAAGCUGUCACUUCAUGAAAUUAAGAACCACCCCCUGAAACACUUGACUGCAAAUCAAAUCACAUUCCUUCUUCUGCAAACAAAAGACUGGUGUUUUAUGUUCCUGUCAGGUUUUAAAGGAAAUGUUUUUCAUUGUUGCUGUAUGAGCAUUCUCAUAAUAUAUUGAUCAAUAAUCUGUUUUUAUCUGUUUCUAUGUCUAUCUACCUAUCUAUAUCACAUUCUAUAUCUAUAUCUAUCUACCUAUCACAUUCUGUUCUGGAUUAUCAAAUUAUAUACUACAUGAAAAUAUUAAGAUAGAUGGAUGUUUGAUGGAAGAAAUAUUUUCAGCUAAAAAGAAAAAAAGGCAAUGAUACAAUGCUUAAGUCUUCAUUUAAUUACUCCUCUUUGAAGUAACAACCAAAUAUUAAUAAUGCUCACAUUAGAUAUUACAGUGAGCUGUUUACUGUGUUGCAUUUCUGUUUGUCAGCAUAAUAUGUAGUUUAGUUAAGUAUUCCUAUGAUGAAUUCAAGUACUGGUGUUGCAUUUUGUAUGAGUUUGUAUAGCAAAGGUUUAGGUGUGAAGUAAGCAUCUUUGUUCACAUGUGAAUGUAAUAUAUGAACAAAAGUUCAGGAAGUGAGGUCAGAAUAUCAACCAAUAUAAUGAUACCUAGGAAGUGAUAAGUGGCUCUUGUCUCUAAGACAUUCAAGUUUCCAACAUCAGUAAGGCUGGGUAUAUAUUUUAUUUAUUUAUUUAUCUGUGUUUUUCUCCUCAAUCUGCACACAUAAAAGGAAAGUGUGUGGAAAAAUGAAAAGAUCAAAAGAUGAAUGAUCUGGUGUGCAGAUACCCUUUGUUGCAUUGUAGGAAAUACCUUGGAGUCAGGGGUUGAAAUUGGCUGUUGUUGCAGAAAUGUUUUAAUCUUGUAUUCCACUGUGGAUAUGUAUUGGUUAAUGAGUGUUUGGAGACUGAGAGAGAGAGAGAGAGAGAGAGAGAGAGAGAGAGAGAGAGAGAGAGAGAGAGAGUUUUAUGUUACUGAUUUAUUGUUUUCUGAAAAUUUGGAAUUCAAAAUGUACAUAACUAUUAAUUGUUAGUUUUAUUCAUGUGUUGUCUGUUUGCAGUUCACCUUUCAUUGUUACCUUCUUGUUUAACAUUAGCAAUGUGAAGCAGUUUGCCAGCACAAACACACUCACCACUAACAUCACUCCCUUGCUGCAUCAAGACCUUGAAUGAAAAUUUACUUGGACAUUUUUGUUCAGGAAAGAAUCACUAAUCUUGACUGGUGACUAGUAACUGUUGUCUCAGUAAAUAAAGAUAAACUGACUGACUGGAUGAGAAGGCAUAGCUUGUUCUUAGAAUCUGUCAGUCUUGAUUCUCUAACGAAUUAGUUUGACACUUCACUUUCCCUGUGAUGUUCAUUUGGUCAGACAUAUAAUCAUAAAAACAGGGCACUAAUAAACACAGGCUUCUCUUGACCCAUGCACCUGUUGCUGAGAUUAGUACAAACAACUUUAGUGUCACUUGAUCCAUGCCUCUAUUACUGAGCUCAGUACAGAGAAGUCUUAUGUACUGGCAGGGAGUGGUGUGAGGUGAGUGAGUUGACAACACUCAGCGUGUCAACACUUCACGUGCUACACUGUGUGAGUCUAUUUAUUUGACUGUUUCAUGUUGGCAGUAUGUCUAGACUUUGGUUGUAUGAUGGAUUGACUAUCACAAGCACACACACUCUGCCUUUUCAUUGUUAUGGACAUAGAUUGUGAUUUUUAUGCUAAAUUUUUAUCUCAUUUUAUGUAUUUCAUGUAUGCCUUUUUUGUAUUUUUUAUUAUCAUUUGUAUUUCUUCCUUCCAAAUUAAAGAAUGCUUCCUGUGACUGCUGAUUGAAAGAUGGUUUGGCAUCAAGUUGAAGACAGAAAGUCCCAUCAGUAGCCUCCUGUUACCAAUAUUUUGUACCUGUCACCUGUCACUGUCCCUGCAGGACUACAUUUUAUUACUCAUAAAUUGUACAAGACUAAUAAUGUAAAUUACGUAGUUACUAAAAGAUCCCAAAUUCAACAUUCUUUCGCUAGCUUGUAGAUACAUUUUUUGGAAAAUUUUUUCUGUAAAUGAUAGAGGAAGCUUACCAUUAUUGUGGGAGCAGGAUGCACAGCUACGACAAUGCUCAAGACAAUAGCCAGCCACCAUCAAGGGACAGUCAGGUGUUAAAGCACAACUGAGGUUAAUAGCCAAAUGAAUCAUUUUAUGUAAUACACAUGUGUUCAUUUUUGAUGCAAAAAUUGUAUAAAAGUGGAAGUUUGACAUCAUGAAUGUUUCACAGUAUACAAGUGUGUAACCACAACUGUUUUGCAGUGGGAGUAUCAUAGUCAUCAUAUUCACUCUACACAUACAUAUUAUAUCAAUGCUUGAAAAAAAUAAGUAAUGACUUGUGAGUUUUAAAUUAUGCUGUGAAUCUGUGCUAAACAAUUUCUCUCUAAAACCUUACUUGUAUUUCACAGGGAGAGUUCACUCAUACACAAAGUAUGCACAAAUUGCAUCACUGGUGACAAACUAGCACAGUAAAUUGCAUCAAUGGCUUUUCUUUCUUUCAUAUUCUUACCGUACAUAGUGCAUCCAUAUGACACAGGCUAGUAUCCAAGAAGUUGUGUCCUGUGUGGCUGCCAGUCACUGCUAUGGAGACAGACUGAGGAGGAAGGGCUUGCCAUCCCAUCUGUUCAGCGUGCUAGUCAGUUCACCGCCAAAGUCUUUCACCUUCCACCAUCUACACGAGGCUGUGGAUGUUGAUUUACUGCAAUGUGUUGGCUCUGUAGGGGAACAUUUAGCAAAGGAGUAAGAGUUUUAUAAUGUACAUAUUAUAGAUGUACAUAUUAUAGAGAUAUUAUAUAUAUAUAGAUAUUAUGCAGAUACCACUUUGUUAGCAACCUGUACAGAGUUUGUGAUUGGUUGACUGCUUGCUGGGAGAGGAGAGGAUGCUGGACACGCUGGGACUCACCUGUGGUUAUGUAACUUGGCUUGUCAGUUUUAUAUUGAAAAUAAUAAAGUUGUUCUAUAC